AGUCUGAAACCGGAAAGUGCUCCGACGUAUCAUGUGAUCUGCUCCUUCUGGCACCCUGUUUGCCAGAGCUUCUGUGUCAAAAUAAUAAUAAGUUAGACAGGACGGUUGCAGGAGGGAGCGUUUGACCCGGCAACAACUCUACAAGAUGCAGAACGUCAUAAACACAGUGAAAGGCACGGCUCUCGGAGUGGCUGAGUUUCUCACUCCGGUGCUGAAGGAAUCUAAAUUCAAAGAGACUGGAGUCAUCACACCAGAGGAGUUUGUAGCAGCUGGAGAUCACCUGGUUCACCACUGCCCCACGUGGAAGUGGGCCUCUGGGGAAGAAGUUAAGGUGAAGCCAUAUUUGCCUCAGGAUAAACAGUUUCUCCUGACACGCAAUGUUCCCUGCUACAAGCGCUGUAAACAGAUGGAGUAUUCAGAUGAGCUGGAAGCCAUCAUAGAGGAGGAUGAUGGAGACGGGGGCUGGGUGGACACUUACCACAACUCAGCAGGUGUGUCAGGAAUCACAGAUGCUGUACGAGAAAUUUCACUGGAUAACAAUAAGGACAAGAAUAUGAAUGCUACAUCUGCAGCACGUUGUGAUGAUGAUGAUGAUGACGAUGAAGAUGGAGAAGCAGCAGAUAUGGAAGAAUAUGAAGAAAGUGGUCUAUUGGAAACAGAUGAGGCAACCCUGGACACCAGCAAAAUGGUAGAAAUGAAAGCCAAAGCAGAGCCUGGGAGUGAAGAUGCCAUCCUACAGACUAGAACAUAUGACCUGUACAUUACAUAUGAUAAAUACUACCAGACACCUCGACUUUGGCUGUUUGGAUACGAUGAGGACAGACAACCAUUGACUGUAGAACAGAUGUAUGAGGACAUCAGCCAGGAUCACGUGAAGAAGACGGUCACCAUUGAGAAUCAUCCGCACCUUCCUCCACCUGCCAUGUGCUCUGUCCACCCCUGCAGACAUGCUGAAGUGAUGAAAAAGAUCAUUGAGACAGUGGCAGAAGGAGGAGGAGAGCUUGGAGUGCAUAUGUAUCUUCUGAUUUUCCUCAAGUUUGUCCAGGCUGUCAUUCCCACAAUAGAAUACGACUACACAAGACACUUCACCAUGUAGUUUCAUUUGUGUAAAUCUGCCUCUGCUAAUACAACAUGUGUACAUGGGUAAGAUCUGUUCUCCCUCUACGCUGGUCUGAAUACAACCAGUUUGUGGAAUGUUUGUGUUACUCUGAGACUCUUUGCAUGACUGCAGGACACUGAGAAUGUUUGAGGUAUGUGACAAAACUGUCUGUAAAGGAACAGUCUGACUUAUUUGGAAACAGGUUUGUUUUUCAUGAACUCAGAGUUGAGAUCUUACUUUGUGUGCAUCCCGUACAAAGUUGAAUGUGUUUAACUGACUGCUAAGAUCUAAAAGAAAUACAUAACCUGUGGAAAAUAGAAAAGUAAGAACACAUUUUUAACUAGUUAGCUAGGUAACAAAAACAACAUCAACAAUUUGAUGGACAAAGCAACAUUUAGCAGUCUCAUAAUACUUCAAGUCUUUUUGCCAAGCUAAGUUAACCAGAUUAAUGAAUGGGGGGUACCCAUCUUUUCAUCUGACAUCCGCUUCAAACAAGACCUACAUUCCAAAUGUUGGACUGUACCUCUACAUUUUCUCUACAAGUUUAAUAUGUCGACAAACUCAUAAAGUUCUUGAUGCAGUUAUAAAAAUACCCCAUUCCACACUGCUUCACUGCUUCAAAUGUAAGAAAAUUAAUUAAAUCUGGUUGUGCAAAGUUUUAUCCCUUUGACUUUUUAAGAGCUAUGUUGGUUUUUAAAAGAAGUUCCUGUUCAAUAAAUGCACAGACUGAAAACAUUUUUAGUAUCAGUGACACAGAACUUGAAGCUGCAUUAAUAGAUUUUUUCUGAGCACUGGGGAUCAGUGGAACAAGCUGUACAUACUACACUGCUGUAUUCUGAUCUUGUAAACUUGUCAAGGCUAACAUGUUAAAAAAAAGUUGAUUUUUCACAUCAAGCGGCACAGAGCAACAUUAUUGGUCAUGUUAAGUUGUUUCUGUCCAUACUCCCUCUCUUCUCCACUUAUUCAUGGCUCUUUACCACCAUUAUGUUUACGCUAACUUGUUUCUUUUUUGACAGUUUUUACAGUAAGUUUAGAGAUUUUUCACUAAAAUACAGUUGAGAGUGCUGAGGCUGAACAAAAACAGUUCAACUGUGGGCUGUAAAACCAAAACAAUAGGCUAAAAUAAGCUAAAAAGUUUAUUAGGAAUUGCAAAAUAACAAAAAGUCUUGAUUAGUAAGCCAAUCAGUGACUUAAUUGCCUGGCAUACAGUCUUUAACAGUGACAUCAUGCUGCACAAGAAGGUGUACAAACUGUACACAUGUACUGUAUGUAAAAUGGUCUGUACAUUCACUGGAGAAUAUGCCCAGUGUCAGCUAUUCAUGCACAUCAGUUUCUUGUGCAAUUAUAAGUAACAUUCAGAGGAAAAUAUUUCAGUACUGUGGAUGUAGACAUCUGCUAGUUGACCAUUGAGGUUUUCUUACUAACAUCACCUUCCUUUUUUCUUGUAAUUAAGAAAAGAUAUGUUAUAUUUGUAAUUUGGAGUCUCAUCAGCAGCCUGAAUACUGUACCUGACAACAGCAUUGAUAUGCUUCACUCGGUGAUACUUUCUGGUUCCAUGCAAAUGCACAUUGCAAGAGUCAUGGCUAAGCCUCAUCACUGUAAUCAGCUCUUUAUACCAGUUUGUCUUAAUACUUCUUCUCUGAAUGUGUUGAUGGUCAGGUCUAUUCAUUCACCCAUGGUCCCUGUGGUUGGAUAAUUAGUUUUUUGGGUUUUGAUUCAGUUUUGGACUCUUGAAGUACAUCAUGCUCUUUCUUUACUUCUUUGUCAGUUUCGCUUCUUUCAGUGACAUGUUUUCACUAACUAUAAUGUGUAAGGACUUUUCAAAACAAAAUGCUUUGUCACAGUCCUCUCAGUGUACUUCAAGAAGUCCUUCAAUGAAUUUAUGGGCUCUUUUUGUUUAUGAGAUUGUGGAUUAUAAACUAUAUUCGGCCCCAUCAUAGUGAUAACUAAAUAUAGUAAUGGCUUCAGUAAUCUCCACUCUUCUUUCUGUGUUGUCUGUUUGUUGGACAAAAUUCUCUCUGUGCUGCCUGUUGGUCAGUCUCCUGAUGUAAGUUGCUUAGUGGUAACACAGUUACCAGUGAUGUACAUUGUACAUCAAUAAAGUUCCGAAAUAU